GAGGACUGUGCUUUACCUCUCCUUCAAUCAUACAGUUUCUGAUAUCAUUGAUUGCUAUCCGGAUCCCUUCUCCUUCCUCCCCCCUAAAUCUCUACUUCUCUAGAGGUAUCCUUCAAUCAUGAUGAGGAGUUCGUUUUGGUUGUAUGCAGUUCUUUGUAGCCCUGAAGACUGAAGGAAAGGUGUCCAUUUUUUUUUUUAGAGAAGGAAAUGGAGGAGAACCUACCAGUCAAUCUCUGCGAGUAUCAAGAACUUGCCAAGAAAGCACUGCCAAAGAUGUUUUAUGAUUUCAUCAAUGGGGGAGCAGAGGAUGAGCAGACCCUGAAGGAGAAUAUUGCAGCAUAUGGAAGAAUUGUAUUACGACCUCGCGUUCUUGUGGAUGUCAGCAAGAUAGACAUGUCAACAACCUUGUUGGGAUACAAUAUGCCUUCACCCAUAAUUGUCGCUCCAACAGGGGGGCACAAAAUAGCACAUCCAGAAGGGGAGAAGGCCACAGCAAGAGCUGCAGCAUCAUGUAAUGCCAUAAUGGUGCUUUCCUUCGCAUCCAGUUGCAAGAUUGAGGAGGUUGCCUCCAGUUGCAACGCCAUUCGCUUUUAUCAGUUAUAUGUGUAUAAGAGGAGGGAUAUUGCAGAAACAUUAGUACGGCGGGCUGAGAGUUGUGGAUUCAAGGCACUUGUUUUGACAGUCGACACUCCUAUGCUCGGUCGCCGUGAAGCAGAUAUCAGAAACAAGAUGGUUUUCCUACAGUGCGGUAAUCUUGAAGGUUUACUGACAAUGGAUGAUCAUAAUACUGCAGGCGGUUCUCAGCUGGAACGAUUCGCACGGGAGACCUUCGAUCCGUCGUUGUCAUGGAAGGAUAUAGAAUGGCUGAAGUCCAUAACCAGCCUGCCGAUCCUGCUCAAGGGCAUCGUCACUGCCGAGGACGCUAGGAAAGCAGUGGACGCCGGGGUGGCCGGCGUGAUCGUCUCCAACCACGGCGGGCGGCAGCUGGACGGCGUGCCGGCCACCAUCUCCGCCCUGGAAGAGGUUGUCAAGGCAGUGGCCGGCGCCUUGCCGGUGCUGGUCGACGGCGGAAUCCGGCGAGGCACCGACGUGUUCAAGGCGCUGGCGCUCGGCGCACGGGCCGUCAUGGUUGGGAGGCCGGUGUUCUUCGGGCUGGCGGCGAGGGGGGAGGCCGGCGCGAGGCACGUGAUCGAGAUGCUCAACGGCGAGCUCGAGCUGGCCAUGGCGCUCUGCGGCUGCCGGAGCGUGGCGGAGAUCACCCGGAGCCACGUCCUCACCGGCGGCGACAGGGUCAGGUCCCUGCUCUGAUGAUCUCUCUCUCAGCUCAGGCAUCAGCCUGCCUACGCCAUGAGAGGUCUCAGAUGUGUGAAGAAGACCGCAUGCAAUGCGCUGCAAUUGGGAUUAAUGGACGCCAUCCAUGGCUGAUGAAAAUGGUGAAUAAAUGGAGCUUUGAGAUUAGCCUGAGA